AUGCAGACAGCGAAUCACAUGAGCAGGGAUAUGUUUACAAACUGAGCUGAGGAGGCGUGCUCACUUGCUCCAUUAUGAGGAAGCAGGACUGAGAGCCAAGAGAGAAAAAGAGAGACUGGGACCAGAGGAGAGGUGCUGCCUGGGUUAAACUUAGCAGUGUUAGGCUCAUUUUUUCUCUCUCUUUUUUUCACCUCCUCUUUGUCUGUUUUGAAGGGGGGGAGGCAGAUGGCUGGGGCUGACAGAGCAGAGAGCACAACGCCAGUGCGGGCAUGAGGAGCUGCUUUCACAGGAACACUGGGCACUGCAGGGAGCCAUUCGCGUCUUUCCUUUGUUUCCCAUAAUUGGCAGAGGCAGGUUUUAACAGCAAGAGAGGAAAUCUAUGUCGAGACGAAGGAGGAGGCAGAGAGAAAGAGAGAGAAGGAGAGUAAAACAGAGGACCUCAGAGGAGCAGGGGAGGUAGGGGUAAGCCUUGUGACAAUGUUUCUCUCCUUUUGGACUAUUAACAAUGACAUUGAUGUGUCUUUAACCUGCCAGGUUUGGAUGUUUAUAUCCUAGUAUAAACAACGCUAUGAUCCGGAUAUCUUUUUGUUUAUUUGAAGAGUGGAGCCAUUGCAACACGGCUGUAUUUGAUUCCACAAUACCUUUUCACAUUUGUUUUGAGCUUGAUUUUGGAUUGAAAAAAGUACCUUUCAAUUCCUGAUGACAUUGUUGCUUGAUUAUUCACAUCAUGCUUACCUAAAUCAUCACAAAGAGUUGAUUUCAACAAUGAGUGACUUGUUUUUGUAAUGUUUUACUGGAAAACAGACCAUCAUCCACAAGAGAGUUUCUUGAGGAACUGAGAGUUUUAUCCCAAAGGGAUUGACUCAGCCUAAAAACACAACAAGGGUUGAGUAAUCAGUCCUUUUCAUUGGGGACAGGAGAGUUUGGACUCACGUCAUUGUCUGGAAGACAGUGACUUAUCUGGGGACAAUCUCCUCAAUCUGUCUGCACCCCAACAAACAAAGACCUAGGACUGGUUGUGACCGCAGACACAGUGACCCUAGUGGUCGUGAUUGACUUCAGACGUUUUCACCCCAAUCUACUGAUUCCCUGGGUCUCUGGCCAUCUGGAAGCUGAUUUCAUGCACCCGGUCCGGUGGUGUAACGGAUGUCUGUGCGGUUUAAGAUCGCAGAUCUCAGACCCUUACGGCAAGAUGACAUCGGAAGACAUCUACAACCUGCCCCUCAACGUGUACGUCAUCAUCCUGGGCAUCGGCCUCUUCAUCUUCAUGCUCAGCCUGAUCUUCUGCUGCUACAUGUUCAGGUUAAGGCAACAAGGCACAAGGGAGCAAUACGGAUAUAAUGAGGUUGUUUUGAAAGGAGCAGGAAAGAAACUGAGUCUUCUUGGAACCUGUGCAGUGUGCUUAGAACAGUUCAAAAGCAGAGACGAACUUGGAGUGUGUCCCUGCUCACAUGCCUUCCACAAGAAGUGUCUGUUAAAAUGGCUGGAGAUCCGCAGUGUCUGCCCUAUGUGCAACAAACCUAUCUGCCGUUUGCAGCCAGACCUCCCACAGGGCGCAGAGAGGCCCCAGGGCCCAAUGGAGGUGUGAGAGGAGAGAAGGACCCCACCACAGCACCUCAACACCACUAACUACAGUCCCAACCUGCCUCUCCCAGACCGCCUGACCCCUAAAAAUCACACCCUGGUCCAGGUGAAGGGAAUCAGGCAUUCCAUCCUGACCUCUCCCAUAUUUCCUAGUUCUGACAGACUAUUUAAAUCCACUCCACUCUUUGAAGGUGUUAGAGCCCUGCAGGUGUGUGUGAGAUAAGACUUUAAAGUGGAACUCAUAGAACAAUAUUGGGGGACAAACUGACAAACUGUCAGUACCCUCCAUCCCAUGUUGCCAAUUGAAGAUAGGGUGUCUGAUUGGUCGAUGAGUAACAUAGGACCUGGAUGGAGGUGACACCCACAUACCACGCUCAUAGCUGCCAAUAUGGGCCAAUGAGAUAUCCAGCUAUGACAUAGGGUACAGUGA